AUGACGCACCUCCUACCCCCAUCCCUAAUACGACUGUUCGCACCCCGACCACCACUCGAAUACGUCGCACCCAUCCGACGGUUUGAUCCGGAUCCUCACUCUGCACCACUUCCAAAGGACCCUUCUCGCGUUUCUCGCCGCAAGACCGUCCAGUCACCCCUCACCGGCGUAGCAUCCUUCCUCGAGCGAGUCAAACAAGAAACAGCCGACCGGGGCGAGACCACCGACGACAUCGCCCUUACCUCCUCCUCAUCCACCCUCACUCUCUCGCGCGCAACCCUGCGCGAGAUCGAACUCGAAAAAUCCCGCUCCUCCAAAUCCUCCCUCAAACAGCACCACCUCUCCACCUACUCUCCCGCCUCCAACCCGGACGCCACCUCCGACCCGUACAAAACCCUCUUCCUAGCCCGCCUCUCCUACGAUACCUCCGAAUCAGACCUCCACAGGGAAUUCGACAUGUACGGUCCCAUCGAAUCCAUCAAACUCGUCCGCGACAAAACCGGCAAAUCAAGAGGCUACGCCUUCAUCGCCUACGAAAGAGAACGCGACAUGAAAGCCGCCUACAAAGACGCCGAAGGCAUCAAGAUCAACGGUCGACGAAUCAUGGUAGAUGUGGAACGAGGUAGAACCGUCAAAGAUUGGAAACCAAUGCGUCUGGGUGGCGGUCUAGGUGGCAACUCCAGAAAACCAAAGAAGGCCCCAGAACCAUCAGACCCAACACCUUCCGCAGGAGGCUUCCACCCCUCAUCAGGCGGCGGCUUCAGAGGCAGAGGCGCCAGCAACGGUUUCCGAGGCAACUCAAGAGGCGGAGGCUUCUCUCAACGUGGUGGUUUUAGGGGCGGCUUCAACAACCCUCCUCCAAGAAACAACCUCGCCCCACCACCACCACAACAACGCGGCGGUUACAGAGACUACCCUCCCCCCUCCAACUACCCAAGAUCGUACGACGACCCCUCCGCCCCACCCGCCAAACGAAGUCGCUACUAG